CCGGCGGUCAGCACCAUGGACAGCGGCGCCGUCCCCACGAACGCCAGCAACUGCACUGAUCCCUUCACACACCCUUCAAGUUGCUCCCCAGCACCUAGUCCCAGCUCCUGGGUCAACUUCUCCCACUUAGAAGGCAACCUGUCCGACCCAUGCGGUCCGAACCGCACCGAGCUGGGCGGGAGCGACAGACUGUGCCCUUCGGCCGGCAGCCCUUCCAUGAUCACGGCCAUCAUCAUCAUGGCCCUCUACUCCAUCGUGUGCGUGGUGGGGCUCUUCGGAAACUUCCUGGUCAUGUAUGUGAUUGUCAGGUACACCAAAAUGAAGACUGCCACCAACAUCUAUAUUUUCAACCUUGCCCUGGCAGAUGCCCUGGCAACCAGUACCCUGCCUUUCCAGAGUGUCAAUUACCUGAUGGGAACAUGGCCCUUUGGAACCAUCCUGUGCAAGAUUGUGAUCUCCAUAGACUACUACAAUAUGUUCACCAGCAUAUUCACCCUCUGCACCAUGAGUGUGGAUCGCUACAUUGCAGUCUGCCAUCCUGUCAAGGCCCUGGAUUUCCGCACUCCCCGUAAUGCCAAGAUCAUCAACAUCUGCAACUGGAUCCUCUCUUCAGCCAUUGGUCUGCCUGUGAUGUUCAUGGCAACGACAAAGUACCGGCAAGGUUCCAUAGAUUGUACACUAACAUUCUCUCACCCAACGUGGUACUGGGAAAACCUGCUGAAAAUCUGUGUUUUCAUCUUUGCCUUCAUCAUGCCUAUCCUCAUCAUUACAGUGUGUUAUGGGCUGAUGAUCUUACGCCUCAAGAGUGUGCGCAUGCUCUCUGGCUCCAAAGAAAAGGACAGGAACCUGCGAAGAAUCACCAGGAUGGUGCUGGUGGUUGUGGCUGUGUUCAUUGUCUGCUGGACGCCCAUUCACAUCUACGUCAUCAUUAAAGCCUUGAUCACAAUCCCAGAAACCACUUUCCAGACCGUUUCCUGGCACUUCUGCAUUGCUCUGGGUUAUACCAACAGCUGCCUGAACCCCGUCCUUUAUGCAUUUCUGGAUGAAAACUUCAAACGAUGCUUCAGAGAGUUCUGUAUCCCAACUUCCUCCACCAUUGAGCAGCAAAACUCCACUCGAAUUCGUCAGAACACCAGAGACCACCCCUCCACAGCCAAUACGGUGGAUAGGACUAACCAUCAGCCACCCUUGGCAGUCAGCAUGCCCCAGGUCUUUACAUGA